AAUGGUGACGGAUCGUUCUUACACUCCUUUUGAAUAUGGCUAUUUAAUUUUGAAGUACAGACAUCCCGGAAGUGUUAAAAAAUUUGGAACCGAUUUUGCGGCUGGUGCUGCUGCUGCGUGCAUUUCUAAGACAAUUAUGGCCCCUAUUGAGAGGGUCAAAUUAAUUUUGCAGUUACAAACAUCCCAACACACAAUUCAAAUAAGCAAGCGUUACAAAGGAAUGAUUGAUUGCCUAAUUCGCUUGCCCAAAGAACAAGGAUUUUUAUCAUUUUGGCGUGGUAAUGUAUCAAAUAUGGCAAGAGCAGCAAGUCAGGAAUCGGUUGGUAUUGCUUUUAAAGAAAUGCUAAGAAAAAUUUUGGUAAAUGAUGAACAUCGAACAACUGAUUAUAAGAAGUUUCUGGGAGCCAAUAUGCUCGCUGGAGGUUUAGCCGGAAUGGGAACAUUUUUCUUCAUUUAUCCACUCGAUUUUUCUCGUACAAGGUUGGCCGUUGAUAUCGGGAAGGAUAAAGCUUCAAGAGAAUUUCGUGGUUUAGUUGAUUGUUUUAUUAAAAUUGCAAAAAAGGAUGGAUUGGAAGGACUUUAUAGGUUUCUUUUUAAUUAUUUAGGACCUCACUUCUAG